AUGGACACUUACUGCUAUCCCGUGUUACACAAGUACCUGUUACCCUGUGUAACAACAGUCAAUAUAUCCCCGUGUAACAACCCUCACUCUUAUUUGUUUUCAGACGACUACCGCAUGUUUGCCGGUGACCUGGGCAACGAUGUGACGGAUGAGCUGCUCACAAGGACCUUCAAUGGCUACCCUUCCUUCGUCAAGGCCAGGGUCGUGAGGGACAAGUUCACCAACAAGAGCAAGGGUUAUGGCUUCCUUAGCUUCAAGGACCCUGACGACUACACGCGGGCCAUGAAGGAGAUGAAUGGGCGCUACGUGGGGUCGCGGCCCAUCAAGCUGCGCAAGAGCCAAUGGCGCGACCGCAACCUCGACGUCAUACAGAAGAAGGUGGCAGAGAAGCAACUCCUUGGACUCAAAUAAACUUAUAUUAUUUGCUGCUCCUUCUCUUCAAAUAAUGUCAAUUUUAUUGGGCUCUACCCGGGCUCAAGUGAUGGUGUCAAUAUUAUUGGGUUCUCAUCCCACUUUAUUAUAUCAAUAUUAUUGGGCUCUCCUCAGGCAGCAAUAAAUCAAAUGUUAUUGUGCGCUCUUUGGACUAGAAAAAUCACAAUAUUCUUUAGUGCUCCUUGUGCUUAAAUAAUGUCAAAAAUAUUUGCUACUCUUCCGGGUCAAAAGACAAGAUAUUAUUGGCUUCUACUCGGGCUCAAAAAAUCAAAUAUUGAGCUCAGCUUGGACUCAAAUAAUGGCAAAAUCAUUAGACGUUCCUCAGACUUCAUAAAUCUUGUCACUCGAAUACCGUCAAUAUUAUUGAAUGGUCCUCGUGCUUAAAUAAUGUCAAUAUUAUCAGUUGUUAAUCGGCUUUGAACAAUAUUCAAUUUUUUUCUGCGUUUUAAGAGAUAUUUUUAAUUUUAUUGUGUGAGGUAGCACGUCAUAACCCUCGUUCACAUCUAACUUGAUUCAAUUCUGUGUCGUUAUGCUUCAACUCCCUUUACCUGCUGGAUCUCGUCUCGUCUUUGAUACGUGAGAAAUGAAAGCUCGCUAUUCAAUAAUGCAGUACAAUUUACACUAAAUUAAAAUGUGCACUAAGAC